GUUUUUCGUCCCUCUAAAUAUUUGAGUUUUCAUUUUUAGUCCCUCAAAAAAUUUCCUUCAACUUUUCAUCCCUUAAAAAUUUUCCGUCUCAAUUAUUAGUCCCUGACGUCAGAUUCCACUAACGGUUGCUUAUGUGGCAGCCUACGUGUAAUUAAUUUUUGUUUUUCUUUUAAAUUAUGUUGUAUUAAAUUAGCUUAGGUGGUAUUUACUUCUACAUUCAGAAUCCCUAAUUCUACGUUCAAAAUCCCUAAUCCAAAAAACAUUUCAGAAUCCCUAAUAGAAAGGUGUGGUCCCUUGUGUUCCCUUCAAUCCCUCAGCGCGCCCCUGUGGUCCCUCCAUUGACGAAGAUUGCGCAGCUUGUUGCGGUUCCAAGAACGACAAGGAAAUGGGUUUAUUUAAAGUGGUUUUCUAUACGAAAGGUUCUUUUGUAAAGGAUGAAGGGUUAACAUAUGAAGGGGGAACGUUUAUGCUGUUAGUGGUCAAGACCCAGAUUAUUGGUCAUAUUUUGAAGCAGUUGACUUGAUUAAGGAUAUGGAUUCUGCAUUUAAAGUCGAAGAUGUUAAGAUGUGGUGGAAGACAGAAAAGGAAAGUCUUGGAAAUGAUCUUAAACCAUUUGAUAAUGAUGUUGAUGCAAGUAAGUUAGCUGUGUGUGCUGAGGAGAAUAAGUGUGAUGUCGAGAUAUACGCAGAGACAAGAUUACCUGGUAGUGAGAAGACUUUCAUGGAGAGGUUAAUAGGGAAAGAAAAAGGCCAUGUUGUUGAUGAGGAAAUUGAAGAGGUUAAUAGUGAAUCAUCUGAGGACUCAUUGAAUGGCAUACACUUUGAAGACAGUGAAGAGGAGAGAAUGCAUGAUUUUGAUGAUCUCAUUGGUGAAGGUCCAAGUCAUGUGGAGAAGGGGGGAAGAGCUGGGAAUGAUGAUGCUGGUAAUGGUGUUGGUGCUGGGACAAGUAAUGUGCAUGAUCCUGUUGGUGCUGGGAUCAGUCAAGGUGUUAAGAAGGGUUUGAUUUCUGAUGAGAUGGAUAGGGAACAUGUAAUUGAUGAUGGUUACAUGACUGAUGAUAUUGACAGUGGGGCAGAUGAUGAUAGUGCUGAUGAGAGGCCACCAGUGAUCAGAUUUAAUGAAGGUGAAAAACUAAGAAAAGAGUUCCAAUUCAAGGUGGGAAUGGAGUUUGCUUCUCUAAAGCAAUUUAAGAAGGCUGUGCUUGAACACAAUGUGUUGAAUGGUAGGGAGGUGAGGUUUGCCAAAAAUGAUUUAACAAGGUGUAGGGUUGUUUGUAAGGACAAAAAACAAUGUGACUACACAGUCUUAUGCAGUAGGGUUUUGAGAACAACAACAUUUAGGAUCAAAACUCUAUAUGCAAAGCACAAAUGUGGUAGGAAGUUCUUUAACAAGAAUGCUAAUGCUGAUUGGGUCUCUAGGGUAAUUGUUGACAAAUUAAAGAACAACUCAGGUAUGAAAUUGAAUGAAGUUGUGGCUGAUGUAAGACUUAGGUAUUCUACUGAAAUUACUGGGUGUAGGGCUUUUAAGGCCAGGCAGCUAGCUAGAAAGGUUGUUGAAGGAGACUCAGCCAAGCAAUACAGUAUGCUUUGGUCUUAUGGAGCUGAAUUGAGGAGGGCAUCGGUAGGAAAUACAUUUAAGCUGAAUAUUUCUGGAACACCUCCAAGGUUUGAAAGAUGCUACAUGUGUUUUGAUGGAACUAAAAAAGCAUUGAAGGUUGGAUGCAGACCAUUCAUAGGGUUAGAUGGAUGUCACCUCAAAAACAAAUAUGGUGGGAUCUUGCUGAUUGCUGUUAGUAGGGAUGCAAAUGACCAAUACCUUCCUCUUGCCUUUGGAGUUGUGGAGACUGAAACUAGAGACUCUUGGAGUUGGUUUGUUAAGUUACUUCUUGAGGAUAUUGGCCAUGAAAACAGAUGGUGCUUUAUGUCUGACCAGCAGAAGGGACUUGUAAGUGUAUUUGAGGAAGAGUACCCUGAGUUUGAACACAGAUUUUGCUUGAGGCAUUUAUAUGCCAACUUUAAGAAGAAGUAUGGAGGUGGUACACUAUACAGAGAUCUCAUAAUGGCUGCAGCAAAGGCCACCUAUUUUGAAGCACAUGAAGAGAAAAUGAACCAGAUUAAGGAGGUUAGUUUAGAUGCUUAUGAUUGGUUAAAUGCUAUACCCAAACAUAAGUGGUGUAAGCAUGCAUUUCCAUUUCACUCUAAGUGUGAUGUUCUGAUGAACAACCUAAGUGAAUCCUUUAAUGCUACAAUUUUAAUGCAAAGAGAUAAACCUAUUAUCACCAUGUUUGAGUGGAUUAGGAACUAUCUCAUGGGGAGAUUUGCCACUCUUAGGGAGAAAGUAGAAAAUUACAAGGGAGAUAUCAUGUCAAAACCCCUUAGGAUGUUAGAUAGGGAGAUAGAAAAAAGUGCAAAUUGGUUACCAACCUAUGCUGGUAGAUUAACCUUUCAGGUCACACAUGUUAUGUUCACAGAUAGCUUUGUUGUAGAUUUAUAAAAAAAUACCUGUUCUUGUAACUUUUGGGAUUUGGUUGGUAUCCCUUGUAGACAUGCAGUUGCAGCCAUAAAUAGGAAAGUUGAUGAUCCCAUUAAGUAUGUCCACAAAUGUUAUCAUAGGGAUACAUAUUUA